ACGUAGCUCCGACGUCACUCGCGCAGUGUCAGAAACGUCAUGAGCGUCUUACUGCCCAACAUGGCGGACUUUGAUACCAUUUAUGAGUUAGAAGAAGAAGACGAGCGAAUAGUGAGUGAAGAGCACCUCGCCAGAUACUGCCCUGAACCUGUGAUAAUGCGAGGGGCCGGCCACAUCACUGUGUUUGGACUUAGCAACAAAUUUGACACAGAAUUCCCAUCUGUUCUUACAGGAAAGGUCGCUCCAGAGGAGUUCAAGACAAGCAUCAACCGGGUGAAUGCUUGCCUGAAGAAGAACCUACCAGUCAAUGUGAAAUGGCUACUGUGCGGCUGCUUGUGCUGUUGCUGUACUGUGGGCUGCAGUCUGUGGCCUGUCAUAUGCCUCAACAAGAGGACACGAAGAUCCAUUCAGAAAUUGUUAGAAUGGGAAAACAACCGAUUAUAUCACAAGCUGGGACUACACUGGAAACUCAGCAGAAGAAAAUGUGAGAGUAAUAACAUGAUGGAAUAUGUGAUUCUUAUAGAAUUCCUACCCAAAUAUCCUAUAUUCCGACCAGACUAAGAGCACUGCAGAGGGAUGCUGGUGAAUGGCUCUCACUCCGCUCCUUACUUAGUGCCUUGUAUAUAAAGUUGGAUUGAGGGUCUUCACAGGUGUCUCUGUGUGACCCUUUUUUCCUCCCAGUACCUUGUACAGUAGAGUUCGCAACACUGUCACUUUGCUUUAGAGCAGAUUUUGCACAUUUCCAGAUGUAGUAGAAACGCUCCUGUGUUGCACCCAGAUGUUUUCGUUACAUAAAAUAAUAAAACAAUACUGUUUAAAAGUGCAUUUACCCCACUAGCCAUCCAUACUUCCCACCUUCUACAUGUAAUAUUGUUGAUAAAAUCAAGGCACCUCAAGGUGUGUAUUUGCCUUAUGAUAAAAGUAAAUGGAAGUGUAUGUGUGGGGUGCAGAGCAAAUCCUGCACAUUUGCUGAUGUAGUUGGUCUAAAGCAAAAUGAAAAGGGUUCUUUUACGCUAUUGGAAUGGGCAGGGAAUUUAAAGUAACUAAAAUGUCAGCAUGAUUUUUUUUUCCGUCUGCACUUUGAUGAUCGUCCUCUAAACAGGGGCAAGUUAAAGAAACAGACCAUUGAAUAUAAUUUUGGACGUAAUGUACAGCCUAGUACUUCAUGUUUACAUAAUGUAAUUUAGCUGGCGAUUAGUUUUCUGCCAAUCUGUUAUUGUAACAUAGUUUUGUUUAUAAACUGCAUCUCUGUAACUUUCCAGUCUAUAUGGACCCGUUUACCUAGAAAGCCAUAAAACGUAUGUACAACAUGCCAGUCAAAGUGAGGGCUGAAAAUUGCACUUGAGCACACAAGGACAUCAGGCUUUCAGUUGAUAGUCCCUGAGGUGUUUUUUUUUUUUUUUUUAAUGUCGUGUGUACUGAAAGCAUAAGAUUGGACUAUUAAAGAUGAUUUUGCCAAUCAAGAUUUAUUAAGAAUAUUAAAUGUCAUUCAUUUCAAAGUGAAUUUCACCUUGUAUGUAUGUAGAAACAUUGUUUUGUAGUCUCUUUCCUCUUGCUUUUUUAUGUUUCAGCUUUGAAUCUCAUAUUGCUGUUUUUGGUGAAGUCCAUGUGCUGUUAUACAGAUGCAGAAAUGUGGACUUUCACACUCCAUUUUCAUGCGUAUCCUGAUUCUCUUU